AAAGCUUGACGGAAAAUGCGAGAGAGGUCGUGGCUCUUCAAAUGGCUGGGAAUAGGGAUAGGCAUCUUUUCUUUCAUCACCAACAGCUCGUCGCAAGAUAGCACAGAAGAUUGGCAAUAUGAGGAGUGCAAAUUAGCCAGGUCAGGCCCUCCAGCUACAAUAGUUGCCAUUGAUGAAGAAAGUCGAAAUGGUACUCUCCUGGUGGAGAAUAUGCAGAUAAAGGGAAGAGUACAAGGCCCCAAUAAGACAAUUUCAUUAUCUCUGAGGGACAACUAUGAUCAAUGGGUGAUCCUGGAUCCUGUACAUCAAAGGCUUUAUCUCAACAGCACUGGCCGAGUCCUGGAUAGAGAUCCUCCCUCAUCUAUCCACUCCAUUGUGGUGCAGGUCCAAUGUACCAAUGAGCUGGUAGGCACCGUCAUUUUCCACGAAGUGCGUAUUGUGGUGAGAGAUCGAAAUGACAAUCCCCCUACCUUCCAGCAACCACGCUACUAUGUAGCAAUUAAUGAGUUGACACCAGUUGGAACCACCAUCUUCACAGGAUUUUCUGGAAAUAAUGGUGCGGCUGACAUAGAUGAUGGACCUAAUGGCCAAAUUGAAUAUAUAGUUCAGUAUAACCCAAAUGAUCCAACAUCUAACGCGACUUUUCACAUUCUACUCACUUUGUCAGGAACAGUAAUUCUCAGAGAGAGACUAAAUUAUGAAGAAAAAACACGCUACUUUGUAAUUGUUCAAGCCAGCGACCGUGCUCCGAAUCCAAAUGACAGAAGGACUAGCACUACCACGCUGACAGUUGAUGUGCUGGAUGGGGACGAUCUGGGGCCCAUGUUCCUGCCAUGCAGACUUGUGAACAACACAAGGGACUGUCAUCCCCUGGUUUACAGAGCUAGUAUCCUGGAGCUCACUGACCCAACCAGAAUAAACCCAGUUAGUGUCACUCCGACUAUUCAAGCUGUUGAUCAAGACAGAAACAUCCAGCCACCUUCUGAUCGACCAGGCAUUCUUUACUCCAUCCUUGUCGGAACCCCUGAGAAUUACAUAAACUAUUUCAGUUUAAAUCAGACAACCGCAGAACUUCGCCUCCUCAAGCCAGUCAGCAGGGAUUUAUACCAGAAAUUUGAUUUGGUUAUUAAGGCAGAACAAGACAAUGGACAUCCGCUCCCAGCAUUUGCUAAUCUACAUGUAGAGGUCCUCGAUGAAAAUAAUCAAGCCCCAUACUUUGAAUUUUCGACUUAUCAAGGAUACAUAAUUGAGUCAGCCCCGGUGGGCACAACAAUCUCAAACAGUGGGAAUCUUACAGCACCGCUUAACAUAAUCGCUUUCGAUAACGACAUAGAAGAGACAAAAGACCCCAUGGUUCAAAUUUCCUUAAAUGACUACAACACAGUUUUUAGCGUGACUCAGUCUGGAAUAGUCCGCUACUUGACAUUGCUGCAGCCUGUGGAUCGAGAACGUCAGCAGACCUACACUUUAACUAUGAUAGCCUCUGAUGGAGUCCAGGAAAGUGCUCCAGUCACAGUUAAUAUCCUGGUGAUCGAUGCCAACGAUAACACUCCAACCUUCUCCAACAUCUCCUACAGUGUAAAUGUUUACACAGACAUGCAACCAGGAGAGACUGUCUUACGGCUCACAGCUUUGGAUGCUGAUGAAGGUCUGAAUGGGCAAAUCACCUAUGAAAUUCUUGCUGGAGCUCAGAGAGAUUUCAUCAUUAAUAACAGGACCGGCCUGAUCACUGUGGCUCCUGGUGUCAAUUUGAUCAUCGGACGCUCUUAUGCCCUUACCGUCAAAGCAUCAGACAACACACCUAUUUCUCAGAGGAGGAGCUCCAUAACUACUGUCUAUGUUGAGGUACUACCACCAAAUAAUCAGAGCCCCCCGAGAUUCCCACAGUUUAUGUACAGCCUUGAAGUCAGUGAGGCCAUGAGAACUGGAGCCAUUUUACUGAACUUGCAGGCCACAGACCGUGAAGGUGAUCAUAUAACUUAUCGUAUCCAAAAUGGUGAUCCUCAACACGUGUUUAACCUCACACACAAUGCUGGACUUCUAGUCCUAGGAAAGACCUUGGACAGAGAGAGUACAGAUCGAUACAUUCUGAUUGUCACAGCGUCAGAUGGCAGACCUGACGGGACCUCCACCACUACUGUGAAUAUCGUUGUCACUGAUGUCAAUGAUAACGAUCCAGUUUUUGAUCCAUUUCUGCCCAAAAACUUUACGGUCCAGGAAGAGGAGAUGAAUGCAUUUGUCGGACAAGUAAAGGCAUCUGAUCCAGAUGCGGGUGUGAAUGGGCAGGUGCGGUACAGCUUGGUGAAUUUCAAUGGCGUUUUUAGAAUCAGUUCAAACGGCAGCAUUUACACAGCUGUGGCGCUGGACCGAGAAACAAGAAGUCAGUAUGAUCUGAUCGUGGAGGCCUCUGAUGGAGCACUAGACCCUCGCCGGUCCACAAUUACAUUAUCGGUUAGAGUGCUGGACAUUGAUGACAACAGCCCAGUGUUCUCGCAGGCCUCAUACAUAGUCAAUUUACCAGAAAACAGUCCUGUGGGAACAAUCAUUCUAAACUUGAAGGCAAAGGAUGCUGACCUUGAAUCCAAUGUCACUUACCGCAUACAAACACAAGAGGCAAGACAGCUGUUUUCAGUGAACUCUGUGACAGGAGAUUUGUCCAUGUUACAAACUUUAGAUUUUGAAACCCUUUCUGCAGCAGGGGCAACUUACACCUUUAUAGUGGAGGCCUUGGACAGCAGUGGCAGCAUGCCACCAGGCCUUGCUACUGUAACAGUGAAGAUAAUGGAUAUGAAUGAUUAUUCCCCUGUAUUUAGGCAAGCUCUCUAUAGGGGAAUGGUAGCACCAAAUGCAGUCAAGGGCACUGUCAUCACAACUGUAUCAGCAGAAGAUCUAGAUCCUCCGGGCACAGCAGCCAGCAGGAUCAGAUACAGAGUGGAACUGGACAAGUUUCCCUACAGUGGCAGUAUCUUUGAUGUGGAGGUAGAUACUGGAAGAGUACUAACCCGGGUCAAUCUCAAUGAAGAACCCAAUACGACAUUUAAGCUGGUGGUUAUUGCCUAUGAUGCUGGCGAGCCUGUGAAGUUCAACAUUACUCUGGUUGAAAUAACAGUUCUGCAACCUUCAGUGAUUCCAAUCUUCACACAAGAAGAAUAUAGGCCUCCUCCAGUUAGUGAAAAUGCUCCCAUAGGAACAAGGGUGGGUGUUAUACUUGCAGCCGCAAUCAAUCAAACCAUUCUGUAUUCCAUUGUUGCUGGAAAUGAAGACGAUACAUUUUUCCUUGAUAAUAGCACAGGAGUCAUCUCUACUAAGAAGCUUUUAGACUAUGAGACCACUGUGAUCUACGUACUUCGAGUCCAAGCAGACUCCAUGCAUGUAGUAAGAUCUAAUCUACGAGUUCCUUCAAAAACAAACACAGCAAAGGUGUUCAUCGAGGUUCAAGAUGAGAAUGACCACCCUCCUGUUUUUACGAAAACAUUUUACCUGGGCGGUGUGGCAGAAGAUGCCAAAACAUUUACUUCAGUAUUGACAGUAAAGGCCUUGGAUAAGGACACUGGGAAUUACAGUGCAAUGCAGUACCGGUUGAUUAUACCACCUACAAACGAUGGAAAAGAUGGGUUUGUGAUUGAGGCAUACACAGGAAUCAUCAAAUCUGCAAUCAGAUUCCGAAACCUCCGGCGGUCCUAUUUUAAGUUUGAAGUAAUUGCAACCGAUAAUUAUGGAGCGGGACUGAGCAGUAGUGCCCAAGUUGUUAUCUCUGUGGUCAAUCAGCUGGAUAUGCAAGUGGUUGUUUCCAAUGUUCCUCCUACUCUUGUGGAACAGAACAAAGAGCAGCUUAUCAGGAUUUUGGAGCGUUAUGUACAGGAUCAGGUUCCAGGGGCUAAAGUCAUUGUGGAGUCCAUCGGAGCUCGGAGAUUUGGGGACGGAUUUUCAGAAGAGGAUUAUUCCAAAUCAGAUCUGAUGGUCUAUGCAAUCGACCCUUUAACCAACCGGGCCAUAUCAAGACAAGAACUUUUUAAAUUCCUAGAUGGAAAGCUGCUGGAUAUCAAUAAAGAAUUCCAGCCCUUCCUCGGCCAGGGAGGUCGUAUUCUGGAAAUCCGAACCCCCGAUAUUGUGGCGAGUGUUAAGAAAGCAGCUCAGGCCAUAGGCUACACAGAGGGUGCUUUACUGGCCCUGGCAGUGAUCAUCAUUCUGUGCUGCAUCCCUGCUAUUUUAAUAGUGAUGGUAACCUACAAACAGUUUAAGGAACGACAGGCAGAGUGUGCAAAGACAGCAAGAAUCCAAAUGGCUUUGCCAACAGGAAGCAAACCGGCCAUGGGUGCUGCCAAUAAUCUGUAUGAAGAACUUGGUGACAGUACCAUUCCUAGGCUGCAAAGGUGUGAACAUUCUGUUUUAGAAGAGGGAGAUCGGCAAAGACUUAUAAGCACGUGUGCAACACGUGCCAUUUCAGCUCACAAGAAAUCCAGUGUCAAUGGAUCAUUGUACAACAAACUCCCAAAGUCUGCUAGUAACAUUACAUUUUUGUCAGAUGAAAACCCAUUGACUACCAAUAACCCUCUGUAUGACGAAAGCAUUCUCAACAACCGAGAGAGUGGUGGCCUCUCCCGAAAAAGAAAAGCCUUAUUUGGCAGACCUUCUUCCCAGAGACUGGGCUUGAAAGAUUCCCUUCUAAAGUUUCCUUCUGGAGGUCCUUCCCAUGCAUGGACAUUGCCAUCACGCAUGCACAGGUCAAUGUAUGAUGCUUUAAGUAGGCAAGUUGUUAUGGAUCCAGUUCAGUGGGAUCUGGAGCUGCUUAGAGCAGAGCUAAGAGAAAAUAAAGAUCAGUGGAGCCGGGUUUGUAGCCCAAGGUGUAAAAAUGUUGAAACAAAGUUAACAGUUAAAGAACAGGCAAGGCAAUUUGAGCAACAAGCCUUACAGGAAAUUAAGCACCUUCAAGCUUGCAAUUUGAAAGGACAGCAGUCCCCUUUGCCAUUGAAAUGCAACCAUACUGAAAUGCAGGGAAGCAUGCUAGAUUUAGCUCCCGAUCACUUGCUUUCUGUACCAGAUCUCCAUUCCUGUCCUACAUUAUCUCCUGUUCCACAAUUGGACUUUCCUGCUCCUUCUAUUGUCAUUACUCUUUCUGAUGGUUCUCCACCCCCAGCUCACAAACCAGCUCCCCCUAUAUCCCGGAAGUCCAGCUUUGCAAACUCCACUUAUCUCGCAGUGGGACCAAAUAAGGUGGAAGCUGAGAUCAUACCAGAACCUCCUAAUGUCCCCCCACCUCCCCCUCCACCUCCUUAUUUCUAUCCACCACUUCCCCAUUCUCUGCCUCCUCCACCUCCUCCCCCACCACUCCCACCAUCUUUAUCAACUUCUACUCGACCUGUCUCUCCAUUUCUCUUGCCUCUUUUUCCCUCUGUGUCCUCUCUACGGCCAGUGUCCUUAUCUCAGAAGGGACGCACACCCUCUCCCCCUCAGGCAACCCAACCUCCAGCCCCCAGAAAGGAACUGAAAGGGAUUCUCAAAAGUAUCCAGAACUUAGCAGAAAUAGAAAAAUCUGUUGCCAAUAUGUACAGUCAAAUAGACCAAAAGGUACUGAAGAAUGUCCCCAGGCCAAAAGUAACAACCGAGCCUGAGGCACAAAAGACUGAAACUUCUGAGGAUCAAAGCCAGUCAAAUGGCAGCUUGAACUGUAUAAUUAAGGAGCUUGAAAAACGCUUUCCAUCUCAGUCAACAGCCUUGUAG